CCGUUAGGUGUCAGCUGAAAGGUGUGGUCUCUUUGAUAAGGAAAGAAGAGAGCAACCCACUUUUUGAAAAAGUGCUGAAGGACUGUAUUUUAGGCCUUAGUAGAAUGGUGGCCAAUAAUGAAAUAGAAGUCAGAGUGAGGCUCCUAGUCGAAUGCUUUAAUAACAAGAUACUUUUAUCAGAAAUAAUUGAAAGUGUGCCCUUUCUUGUGAAGCACAUGCACUCAUUGUAUACAGAGCUGGAUCAAUCAAUAUUGCAACCUUCAUUUUCGAUGGAUAACGUUCAAAUUCAAAUAGCCGCCUGUGAAGCAGUCUCAGCUUUGGUUUGCAUCAUGUCCAGCACUGCUUUCGUGACACGAACUGGUCACGGCCAUGGCAGGGUGAAAGUCAUGUGCAAAGAGUGUGAUUUGGCAAUAGAAGAAGGCCAGCUCAACUCCAACAACCAGAUUCACAUGCUAUUGAAAUGUGUUCUGCAUUUGUUAUCGUCUACUUCGGCAGAGGUGUUACUAAAGAUUAUACCACUUCUACGUCGCUUCGCAAAUCAUCUAUCUCUGUUCCACACUUUGGACUGCGUCAACAGGUGGAUUGUGCUGAUAAAACAUCCCAACAACGAGGUGAGAGAGAGCUUUGUUAAUGUUGUAGCCGAUCUCCUCUUCAGAAAGAAGUGGAUCAAAAGACACGAAGAUUGUAUAAUAGAAGAGGUUGGUCUUCUCAGUCAGUAUGAUCGACAGGAACUGAUGAACUCGGAGCUCCUUCUUACUUCUUUCAAAACAGUCGCAAUGGAUACAGUUUGUGACAGUCUAGUUCCUCAACCUAAAAAGAAUCUCCAACUAACUACAAUGGCAGCUAUAGGAAAUGUUGGUAUGACGCCGCUAGACUCUGUGCUCUACCCAACGUUCAAAAUGCUUCUCAUGUACGUUCUUCAUCCGAACUCGUGUGUGAGCUCAGUAGUUGUCUAUUUACAGAAAAUAGCUGAAAAACAUAACAAACUAUUGAAGGAAAUUUUCUACAAAUACCGUGGUGAAUUCUGCAAACAGCUAGCUGACAUGCUCUUGAUAAAAAAACCGUUGAAUAAAUAUACUUUGUCCAGUAUGUUUGUCAAGUUUUCGCGUGCUUUAUCCUAUGAGAAGGAAGACACAUUUUUGGCCCAAAAUGCUUCCAGCCACCUUCUGAAGCACAUCCUGCACGUGGUGCUCGAGGUACCUGAAUUUGAAUGGAUAAUCUACUACAUUGGAGAUAAAUUGGAGAGGGAUGUUUCCACAUUGAUGAAAGAAGGCUUCCAGCAUGUAUAUCCAUACUUCUACAUGAAUGAGGAUGCUUGCACCCUUGACAAAGUUUGCGAAAUUACGGAAAAUCUCACAGGAAAAACAAGAGAAGCACUCAUCAAAUCCUGCUACAAGACUAUUGUGUGUGAAAUAUUAUUGCACAUUCAUGGAAAAAAAGAACGCGUACUGGAUGCACUCAAUUAUUUGAAAUCAGAUGUGUUCACGCUUGAAGAAUACACACCGAAUGUGAUAGAGUUUCUGGCUCCACGCUUUCUUGGUGUAGUUGGCAUGAUGGAAAGCAGAUUAGUGAGUAGAGAUUCUUCAGAUGAGGAGAAAAAAAAGGUGCUGCUGGCAUUGCCGGAGAUCUUCGCACUGAUGGGUGCCAAGCACAUCACACCUGUUCGCCUCAGAAUCAUCGCCAUGCUGAGGGAAGCACUCAAGCUCUGUCACAGCUCCUUUCCCGAACUCACCUGCGAUGUCUGGCUCGCUUUCUUCCACAGCGUUGACUUGAAAGCUCUUGCACCACUAAUGAGCACAAUAUUCAUAUCAUUGCUACCUCUACUAGAAAACUUCAGCAAAAUCGUCAGCAGAAUCUUUCACUAUUUAGUGAUCGAGAACCAUGACGAAGUUUGUUCGCAUAUUCAUGAGCUGUCUUUUGUGCCCAAUCACGAGGCCAUACAAGACGUUUAUCAGGCUAUACAGGAUAAAAUCAAAGAACACGAAAAACUGAGUGUGCGAAAACAGUUUAAUUUUGCCAUCAAAAUAGCAAGUCAUGAGAAUGUCGAUGUGAGACUACAUGGCCUGAAAAGAUUACAUGACUACUUGGCAUCAAACAGGGCUUUCAUCUCGGACUUGAUAUUGAACAAUGACUCGCUCGAUCCAACCGUCAUCAAAUUUUUCGAAGCCGUCAUAACAGGCUCUCGCGAUGAAAACGAAGAUAUUCGAAUGGCUUGCGGCGAGUGCCUAGGAUCCCUGGGAGCCCUUGAUCCUGGUUACUUAACCGGCAAUCUCAUUCUAGAGAAAAAUAAUCAGCAACAGCCCAUGUCUAUUUCUGCUAAUGAAUUUGCAAUUGCUGCAUUGAUGUGUCUCACAAAAGCUCUUCAAGAAGCAAGGCAUACAUUUCUGAUGGAUUGUCUUGCAUUGGCUAUCCAAGAACUGUUGAAAAUUUAUAGCAUUUCACCAACUUCAGCAGUUUGGAAAGAAUUUCCAGAUGAAAUACAAAAUAUGAUGACUCCUUUCUUGAAAACACGCUAUUUGAACUGUCAAACUGCAACGAACCGCACGAUUGUCAACACCCAUCCGAUAUUUGGCUCCAAUCUAGGAAGCACAGUGAAAAGCUGGGCUUAUAAUUGGGCCACAUUCCUCAUUCCUCUGGCAUCACAAGAUGAGUUUGCUAGUAAAGUUUUCAAUGUUUGCCAUCUCAGUUUGAAAAAAGAUAUGCAGGUACUAAUGUUUUUCAUUCCUUACAUCUUCCUCUACGCAGUUAUUCAUAGUUCAGAGGAGAAUACAAAGAAGAUAGAAGAAGAGAUAAUAGCAGUUCUAAGCUGGUAUGAAAGAGAAAAAUCAAUCGAAAAGAAAGUGGUUUUGUCGCAGAAAGUGAGACGGAAUACAAUCAAAUUUGAAACUCCAUCGCAAUCAGAUCAAGGUUUAUCUACAGCGCAAAAUAGUCUCAUCUGUACGAAAAUUGUUUAUUCAUUGAUAGAUUUUCUCCACAGGUGGCAAAAAGAAACUGAGAAGAAAUCCGUGCUGCUUCAAAAUUCUCAGAACAAACAUUAUAAAACAGUUUCUGCUUUUUUGAAACGAUUUUCAUUGGUUGAUAUUGCUGACGGUUCGAUCCAUUGUCAAGAAUAUGCUAGAGCACUGAUGUAUCUGGAAGAAUAUGCAUUAGAGAACCCGCGCAAGUUGCAAGAGUUGCUUCCCAAGUUUGGGAAGAUCUACUCGUACCUGAAAGAGCCGGAUGGCUUGAGAGGAGUGAUAGCGGUGCAUGAGAGAGAGCCAGCUCCCGAAGAGAUGAUUUUGUACCACACACUGACCGGGCACCUGCACGACGCGGCCACCUGCUACGAGAGCCUCGCUCAGCACAACAAUGCCGCCGCCGACGAGUACCUCAAAGGAAUGGUGCAGUGCUAUCUGAGCAUGGACCAGCCGUGCACGGCGCUCAAGAUAGCUGAAGCUGUCAUCUACAAAGAUAAAUGCAAUAUCGACCUGUACGGCGAACAGGCCGAAGCUGUGUGGAGUCUUGGCAGGAUGGAUCAAUUGCAGCAAGUCCUCAAAACACCACCAAAAAUGUAUGAAAAAAGUUGGGGGAUAUCUAUUGGUAAAGCGAUUCUACAUUUGCGCAACGAAGACAAACCUGCAAUGACAGAACAGCUACAUGCCAUCAAGAAAAGUGUGAUCCAGCAAGUGAGCACAGCCACGGUCACAUGUGGAGGUUACAGGCAAGGCUACGACUACAUUGUCAAACUACACAUUCUCGAUGAAUUUGAAAAAAUGGGCAAUAGUUUGUUGGGUUUGUUAGCAGGAGAAAGCACCGCACACAAACUAGAGCAGUUCAAAGAGCUCAUCUCGAAUGAACUAGAACAACGACUGAAAUUGUUGCAGCCAACUCAUCAUGUGCUGCAGCCCGUACUGUGUAUGCGUCGAGUCGUGUUGGCUAUAGCCAAAGACAUGCUCGAUCAAAAGCACCCUAGUGUAACUGAACACUUGGAACAAAUAAUCAGCAAAUGCUGGCUGAAAAGUAUUUCCCUGGCUAGAAAAUCUUGUAAUUUCCAACAGGCGUAUUCGAACAUCCUGACUGUUCAAAAGCUUAGUCCGAAGGCGUUGUUUAUCGAGGAAGCCAAGCUGCACUGGGCCAAAUCCGAAUGUCAAACGGCAAUCACAACUUUGCGCUGGGGAAUUGAGAAGCACUUUCCCAACGCCGCCAACCUGACAGAAUCGGAGAGAAUGCUGUUGGCCAAAGCCAAACUACUUGUGGCCAAAUACAACGAUGCAAAUAUGAACAUCGAUUUAGAGUUGAAUUUGAAGUGCUACAAGGAAGCAGUGGACGUGUGCAAGAAGUGGGAGAAGAGCUUGGUGUGUCUAGCUCAGUUCAAGUACCGCGUAUUCAGAGAGAGCAAGCAGGACGACAACGUGUGGUCGAAGGCUGACCUUGACAGUCAGCUGCACAUCAUCAACUACUUUGGCAAGUCGCUGGAGUAUGGCCGCAAGUACAUCUUUCAGUCCAUGCCGCGCAUGCUUGAGAUCUGGCUCGACUUUGGCACAAUCGUUGCAAAGAACAGAAAAUCGAAAAACCACAGAAACCUAGCUGAUCAGGAAAACACAUUGUCCAUCAUGAUAAAAGUUAUCGAUGAGUUUCUCCGCAGACUUCCCAAUUACACAUUCAUGACUGCUAUGUCUCAGCUCAUCUCCAGAAUUUGUCAUCCUCAUCCAGCCUGUUUUGAACUGUUGACGAAGAUUGUUGUCGAAAUUAUGAAAACGUAUCCGCACCAGGUGUUAUGGAUGAUCAUGCACGUUAGUAAGUCGAAUUACAGUGUGAGAGUAAAAAGAUGUGAGACAAUUUUCAACAGCAUAAAAAAUGAUGAGUAUCUUCCUACACUGAUAAAACAUUACAAACUGUUGAUUGGAAAAUUGGUGGAACUCAGCGAAAGGGGCGUUGACCAGAGGACCAAGGUAACUUCCGUGAAGGUCUUAGUAAGCAGUCUACCUAAACUUUUCGAAACUUCUGGAUUUAGUCAAAUUCUGAUGCCAGCUCAAAAGUUUCAAACGCUCUCUCUUCCGCGAUCAGCCGAUGACAACCAUCACAAUCCUUAUCCGCACACACCGGUGUACAUACGUUGUAUCAAAGAUGAGAUGCAAAUUUUGGUCUCGUUGCAACGUCCCAAGCGAAUCGUCUUUCUCGGAAGUGAUGGUUUGGAGUAUCCAAUGUUGCUCAAAUCCAACGAUGAUUUGCGAAUAGACUCUCGCAUGAUGGAGUUCAGUAAGAUAAUGAAUAUGUACCUGCAAAGAACGCCUGAAGCUAGGGAUCGCCGUCUCCAUAUCAAUACUUACAAUGUAGCACCACUCAGUGAAAAAAGUGGACUGAUCGAGUGGGUCGGCAACUUGGUGUGUCUUCGAUAUGUCAUCCUCAAACUCUUGAAGCAGAAAGGAAUCCCCAGAAUCGACAGAGAUAAAAUGACAUGGGAAAAAUCUGACCCCCUCGCUAAAAAACGUCAGAUCUUUUUGGAAAAGCAACUUCCUCGGCAUCCUCCGGUAUUGAGAGAAUGGUUUCUACAAGAAUUUCCUCAUCCCAAUUCAUGGUAUGAAGCGCGAUCGGCAUUUGUGCGCUCGUCGGCGGUGAUGUCGAUGGUGGGAUACAUGGUGGGGCUGGGCGACCGCCACGGAGAGAACAUCCUCCUCGACUCCAUCACCGGAGGGGUCACUCAUGUCGAUUUCAGCUGCCUCUUCAACAAGGGUGACCGGAUGGAGAUCCCGGAAGUGGUGCCAUUCCGACUGACGCACAACAUGGUGUGGGCGAUGGGCCCGACCGGCUACGAGGGCAUGUUCGUCGAGGCCUGCGAGAUCACAGUGCGUCUCAUGCGCGCGCACAUCGAACAGCUGCUCUCGGUCGUGCGACCCUUCAUCUACGACCCACUGCUCGAGUGGAACCGCAACUGCAAACGCGACGAGUACACCGAGAUGACCAACCAAUGUGGUCGAGAAAAUACACUGAACAUCCAGCAUCGACUGCUCGGCCAUGUGAGGAACAAUGACAAAGUAUUCACCGAGCGUGUUCUAUCGGUCGAGGGCCAAACUCAGAUGCUGAUUGCCGAGGCAACCAGCAUUGACAAUCUCUGUCAAAUGUUCAUUGGCUGGGGGGCUUACCUGUGAACAUCAUUUUAAAUUAUGCCGCAAAAAUAAGUUACCCUUCCCAAUGGCUAAAUUACUAUACUCUUAAUAAAUCAAUGAAUAAAUAAGUUAUGAAUAAGCGACUUGCACAAAAUAUUCGUGUUAUACCAAAUUGUGCGAAAUUUCAUGCAGUUCCAUAAAUGACUGGAAAUAUUCAAUUUGACAUCACAGUCAAUGCAGAGUUGCCAGUAUUAAUAUAUCCAGUCAUAUGAGCUAGCAUGAAAAGAUUGUAAUUUCACUUUUUUAGUGAAAUUACAUGUAUUUGACUUAAUUUGGCAUCAGGCAUCACAAAUUAUAUUGUCGGAUUUCGUCCAAGUCUCAACUUAUUUUGUUCAGAGUAUAGCUGUCAUUAGGGGUUCAUAUGCUAACAUCCAACGAAUCAGUACGAAUAAUACUAGUUAUACUUUAAAAAUAAAAUUGUAACUAUAAAUUAAUGACAAAGUUCCAAAUAGGGUUAGGUCUUUACUUUCUACUAAGGACAUUAAUUUCCAGUUACCAGAAUAGUUAAGAAAAUAAUUAAAAUUUAGUGAUAUUAAAGUAUUUUUAAGAAUCUCAAAAUUAGCAUUAUUCACGAUCUAGUGACUGGAAAAUGGAUUUUAAUUUCAUAUAAUAAGCAAUAAAGUGAGUAAACUUGUAUGGCUUUUUGUUCAUGGGGAUUCCCUUGCAAGAAGGUCCCACCUCGCCUAAAUAUAAGCCGUUAAUGGUCCUUACGAUUGUUAUACUCUAGCCGGGACUAACAGUUCAACGUGCUCAUUCGAUUAUACGGGAGACGGAAGUGACCUGGCUAGCUAAAAACUUUUGCUCAAGCAGUAAAUUAUUUAUAAGUAGUCAAAUUAUCGUUUAAGAAAAUGUGCCUUAUUUUUAGACCAACUAACUGACAGUCGAAAACCGGAACAGUUGCUUCCGACUUGUGUGUGCACUUGCAGGUCAGCUGUUACCAUAUUUAAACGUAUAGAAUAGCUAUUUAUGUAUUAAGAGCGUAAUGCGCGACUUUAUCGCUCGCGCAAAACAGUUAUCACGCGAUGCGAAGCGGAGAUAAUUUUGCAAGAGCGAUAAAGAAGCAUUACGCGCGAAUUACUUACAAAAUUUUUUCUACAACUGCACAAACCUGUUAAAUCACUUAUAUCUGGCGGAGUUUAUAAUAAUUCGUCUACACUGAUAUCCAUCAUGGCUGUAGAAUCGGUACAAUUACCGACUUUUUAGGUUAAGAUCUGACCGAGAGUGGUUUGUCUUUUGGCGAGCUGCUUAUCAUCAGCUGAUUAGCGAGCGUAAACAAACUCUUCUGUCCAUGCACAAAUGAUUUGCGAGCGUAAAGAAAAUCUACUGCGCAUGCGCAGAUGGUUAG